AUGAAGUAUCUGACAUUUUAUUUUAUCAGUUACUUCUUACUGUUUAUUGACGUACAAGGUGAACAAAAUGGAACAGAUACAUCAAUAUCGUCAUCAUCAUCAAAAUUGACGUGGGAUCAAGCUUAUGAAAAGGCAAAGGAUAUAGUAAAUCGAAUGACUGUGCAGCAAAAAACGGGAAUCAUGACCGGAAACGGUGGUAUUACCGGUCCAUGUGCUGGUAACACGUUUCCUGUUGAAGGAUUAUUUCCAAGUUUAUGUUUACAAGAUGGUCCAUCGGCAGUACGAGGAACAAAGGGAAUUACAGCAGGUGUAGCAGGUAUUAAUGCAGCUGCCUCAUUUGAUAAAAUUGCUCUUCGUCAAAGAGGUGAAUAUCUUGGUCAAGAAUUCAGAGGUAAAGGUGUUAAUGUGUAUUUGGGACCUGAUGUCAACAUGGUCAGAACUCCUUAUGCAGGAAGAAAUUUCGAAACAUUUGGUGAAGAUCCUUAUCUAAGUGGUGUGGCAGGAAUGGAAACUAUUCUUGGUGUUCAAAGUCAAGGAGUGAUUUCUCAAAUAAAACAUGCCAUUGCUAACGAACAGGAAACUAAUAGACGACUGUAUUCCUCUAAUCUAAAUGACAAAGCACUCAAUGAAGUUUAUUUAUGGCCUUUUGAAGAAGCUAUCAAUGCUGGUGUCGGUUCUAUCAUGUGCAGUUAUAACAGAGUCAACGGAACGCAUGCCUGUGAGAAUAACUAUAUUCUUCGAGAGAUUAUUAAAGAUCGACUUGGUUUCCGAGGCUUCAUUACAAGUGACUGGGAUGCAGCAUAUUCGACUGUAGAUAAUGCUAAUCAUGGUUUAGAUAUGAGUAUGCCUAAUCCUGAUAUAUAUGGGAAAAGACUAGAACUUGCUAUAAAUCGUGGACAAGUAUCGAUUGAAGUGCUCAAUGAAAUGGCGACAAGAAUUGUAGCAACUUGGUACAAGUUUGGUCAAGAUAAAGGAUACCCACCUGUCAAUAUGAAUUCACUCCAUCCGUUAAAAGAUCAACAUGUGAAUGUUCAAGGCAAUCACAAGACAUAUGCUCGAUCCCUUGGUGCCGCUAGUGCUAUCUUAUUAAGGAAUCUUGAUGAUAUUCUACCUUUGAAAGCUGAUAAGAUCAAAAGUAUUGCAGUGGUUGGCACUGAUGCUGGCGACAGUCUUCUCCUGGGUGAUAAUAUAUGUGGUACAUUCCCUUGUUUGACUGGUACUGUUGCUAUGGGUGGUGGAAGUGGUUCUGCUGCCUAUCCCUACUUAGUUUCACCAUUUGAAGGAAUCAAGAAAAGGGCUGGUGACAAGAUCAAAGUGACAGAUAUCAAUUCUGAUAUCAGUCUUCUUGGUAUCAACACUGCUUCUACCAAAAAUUAUGAUGUCGCUAUUGUUUUCUCCAACGUAUUUACCACAGAAUCCUUCGAUCGUUUCAAUUUGAAUUUAGAUAGAAAUGGAAAUAAUCUGAUUAAACAAGUUGCCGACGCAAAUAAGAAUACAAUUGUAGUCAUUCAUUCUCCAAGUGCGGCGACAAUGCCUUGGAUCGAUCAUCCAAAUAUCAAAGCUAUUCUUUGGGCAGGUUAUCCAGGUCAAGAAACAGGCAAUUCUUUAGCUGAUGUACUCUUUGGAGAUGUGAACCCUUCUGGACGACUACCAUAUACCAUUGCCAAGAAAGAAGAAGACUAUCCUGUUAAAGUUGAACGAAAUUCGAAAGAGAUCGAUUAUACCGAGGGUGUAUUUGUGGGUUAUCGCUAUUUUGAUCAAAACAACAUUGAUCCACUCUUUGAAUUUGGAUAUGGACUCUCUUACACCAACUUCUCUUACGCUGAUCUCAAGUUGAAAACGUCCACCCGUAGGAUGGAUGAUGAUGAAAAACCAACCCAUACUUGGUCAGCAGGAUCAACCUCUUUAGUCAAGGCAUCCAUUACGGUGAAAAAUACAGGUGGUAUGGAUGGAGCUGAAAUUGUUCAAGCAUAUAUCGGAUUCCCUGCGUCGACUGGCGAACCACCCAAGGUAUUACGUGGAUUUGAAAAGGUGUUUAUCAAGAAGACAGGCUCUACUACUGUACACUUUGAAUUUGGCCAACGUGAACUCCGUGUAUGGGACAUUGACAAGAAAGGUUGGGUGCUGACUCGUGGCAAUUAUACACUUUAUAUUGGCGCUUCCAGUCGUGAUAUUCGUCAAACUACCUCCUUUAUAUUAUGAUUAGCAUAUAUGAUGACUUUUUUUUUUUUUUUUUGUUAGAAUAGAAUCCAC